ACGAGUUCAAUUGAGCUGGAACAACAAUGGCUUUGUCGACUGGACUGUUAAUUUCUAGACCUCAUUCUCCUUUUGUUCUUCUUCCCUCUUCUCAUUCUUCAUCUAUUCCACUUCGAUUCCGUCGUGCUGAGUUUACCACCAGCAUUAGGUUUUCGCCAAUUUCGCACUCCGAAUCUAAGGUGAGAUUUGAUGGCCGAUGUUUUUUGUCCCAAUUGAGGGCGGUUUCUGAGGGCGAAGUAGACCUUGUCUCUGAAGAAGAAGAAUCUUCACCGUCGCCGCCGACUGAGGCGGAGGCGGAAGCGGAGCAGACCGUCUCCGUCUCAGUGUCUCCUUCUGACAUCCUCACGAUGGUUUUCCAGGCUGAAGGAACUAUGCCUGACUCUGCUAUUCCUGCUGUUUCCACGGCUUUGGAGGCAGUAGAAGGCAUAACAGAUCUGAAAGUGCAAGUUCAGGAAGGAAUCGCGAGCGUAGAGUUAACGAAGCAAACAACAGUUCAAGCAACAGGGGUGGCCUCCAAUCUGGUAGAGAUUAUGCAAGGAUCAGGAUUCAAGUUGCAGACAUUGAACUUGAGCUUCGAGGAUGAAGAUGAUUUCAGUUCAUGAGUGAGUUUUCUCUUAUUUUAGAAUUGAUAGACAGACAGACAGAUCCAGAAAUGUUAAAUGUUACUACAUGCAUUAUCGUAGUAGUUUAAUUGUCUUUGCAAUUAAUGUUCUUAUAUCA